AUGACCAAAGCUCCAACGUUCUCUCUCAUCAUCCUUCUUUUCUUAGCCAUUUCCCUCCCAACAAAGGGAGAUCAGCUAACUCACCUCCACUUCUACUUACACUACAUCCUCCGUGGUGACACGACGGCCGUGGUGGUGGCGCAGGCCGCCACCACCUACACCUACGAAUACAAGUUGGGUGAGGUGGCGGCCUUCGACGUUCCCCUGACGGAGGGACCGAACCUGAGCUCGAGGGUGGUGGGGCGAGCUCAGGGGAUGUACGCGGAUGCCGCUGUGAGCAGCGCGAGGUUCUUUAUAGUGUACAAUUACUUCUUCACCGAGAGGAGGUUCAAAGGCAGCACGCUAAGCGUGCUCGGGGGAUUUGCACCGCUGUCGGCUGAUAGGGAGAUGCCGGUGGUAGGCGGCAGCGGCUAUUUCCGGUUAGCGAGCGGGUUUGUUCGGCUGAAGACAUAUUCUGUUGAUUGGGAAAAGGGGGUUAUUGUGGAUGAGCAUCAUGUCUAUGCCAAUGCCUUUCACCCUUGA